UUCAUUUUCAUAAUUAUCAAUUCACUUGUUUCUAUGUACAUUUUCACUCCAAAAAUUUACUAUGUAAAGUUGAAUGAGUAGAAAAAACAGUGUUAUGUGAGUUUUUUAGGCAAAAAUCAAGGCAGUAAGUAUUGAUAGUAUUUAAUUCAAUUCGGAUCAAUUUUUUUAUAAGCUAUACUUAAGUGACAAUGUCCCUUUCAUUUAAAAUAAAAAAUAAAAAAAUUGUAAACUUUCAACCACAAGUUAAAUAUGGAAAUGACCAACAAACCCCUAACUCCAAACCACAACUUCCUCACUUCACUCAGCGCCAAAAUCACCCAAUUAACGGUCCUUAACCACCUCUCUCACUCUCUUGUACUUGAACACUGAAAAAUACAAAAAAAAAAAAAAAAAAAAAAAAAUCUAUUGCAAAUUCACAAAAAAAUCAAGUAUCAAACUCCAUGAUUUCCUACAUCUUCAAUCCAAUUUCUCUCUCCUUUACUACAAACCCUAAUCCCCAAUUUCCCGCCAAACCUUACAUUUUCUCGCUUCGAAACGUUUCAUCCGAAACAUCAAUCUACACUUUUGACAAUUAUGAGAUUAAUCCGAACCCUAGAUUUUGCAGAAAACAGGGGAGAGUGAUUGUUAAUGCUUUCGCCGUUAAUGGCGGAUUUGAAAGAGCAGGGAACAGAGAUGUUGGUGAACAACAGCAAGUGGUGGAGGAGAGAGAAAAUUGGGAUCGGAAGGUGAAUUGUGAGGUUGAAGUGAUUUCAUGGAGAGAGCGUCGGAUUAAGGCGGAGAUUACUGUCAAUUCCGAUGUCGAAUCGGUUUGGAAUGCUCUUACUGAUUAUGAACGCCUUGCUGAUUUUGUACCUAAUCUUGUUUGUAGUGGAAGAAUUCCUUGUCCGUAUCCUGGUAGACUGUGGUUAGAGCAAAGAGGCUUCCAAAGGGCAUUGUAUUGGCAUAUUGAAGCUCGUGUUGUCUUGGAUCUCAAAGAAUUUCCUAAUUCACCAAGUGACCAUGAACUCCAUUUCUCCAUGGUGGAUGGAGACUUCAAGAAGUUUGAAGGAAAAUGGUCGGUAAAAUCAAAGAGAAGAUCCUCGUCUAAGACAACACUAUCUUACGAGGUCAAUGUCAUACCAAAGUUCAACUUUCCAGCAAUUUUUUUGGAGAGGAUUAUUCAAUCAGACCUGCCUGUGAAUCUUCGAGCCUUGGCUUGCAGAGCUGAGAGCAUUGUUGUGGGAAAUCAGAAGAUGCCUAAACUAGUUAGCUCAAAAAGCAGAAAUUCUGUUAAUACUAGUAGCACUAGCUUGCCAAGUACUUUAAAAGAGAAAGAUAUGUCUACAGAGGAGCUAAAGAAGAAUUCCUCCAGUUCUAUCCUUGGGCCCUUGCCCCAGGCACCUUCUGAGUUGAAUAGUACUUGGGGGAUAUAUGGUAAAGUUUGUAGGCUUGACAAACCCUGCUUAGUGGAUGAGAUUCAUCUUCGUCGAUUUGAUGGCCUAUUGGAAAAUGGUGGUGUUCAUCGCUGUGUUGUUGCUAGCAUUACUGUUAAAGCUCCUGUUCGUGAAGUCUGGGAUGUAUUAACUACUUAUGAAAGUCUUCCAGAGAUAGUUCCAAAUUUGGCAAUCAGCAAAGUUUUAUUUCGAGAUAACAACAAAGUUCGCAUCCUUCAGGAAGGAUGCAAGGGUCUACUAUAUAUGGUACUCCAUGCACGGGUUGUCAUGGACUUGUGUGAACAGCUUGAGCAAGAAAUUAGCUUUGAGCAAGUUGAGGGAGAUUUUGACUCUUUCCAUGGCAGGUGGCAGCUUGAGCAGCUCGGGAACCAUCACACAUUGCUAAAGUACUCUGUGGAGUCAAAAAUGCGCCAAGAUACUUUUCUCUCAGAAUCAAUUAUGGAAGAGGUUAUAUAUGAGGAUCUUCCGUCCAACUUAUGUGCAAUUCGAGACUACAUUGAGAAGAGGAUGGGAACAAGUUCUGACGAACAUGAUGAACCACAUGUGGAGCAACAGAAGGAUGAAACUUGCAAAGUGCAGCCUAACACUUCUUCUAGUGGAGGCAAAACUGAUCAAAGGAAUGUGAAAAUUCAAUUGAGCAGUAGCAGUUCAACUUCCAUAAAGCAAAAGCCUAGAGUCCCUGGCUUGCAACAGGACAUUGAAGUUCUAAAGUCUGAGCUCCUGAAAUUUGUUUCUGAGCAUGGGCAGGAUGGGUUCAUGCCCAUGAGGAAGCAACUCCGUUCUCAUGGUAGGGUUGACAUUGAAAAGGCAAUCAACCGGAUGGGCGGUUUUAGGAGGAUUGCAACAUUGAUGAACCUGUCUCUUGCUUAUAAACAUCGAAAACCCAAAGGUUAUUGGGACAAUCUUGAAAAUUUGCAGGUGGAGAUUCAUCGAUUUCAAAAGAACUGGGGGAUGGAUCCAUCAUAUAUGCCCAGCAGAAAAGCAUUUGAACGCGCAGGACGGUAUGACAUUGCCCGUGCCCUUGAAAAAUGGGGCGGCCUACAUGAAGUAUCCCGUCUUCUGUCGCUCAAAUUAAGGCACCCCAACAGGCAGCAGACAAGUCUUUCUAGUGACAAGAAAAUUGCUAAUGGUUCAUCUGAUAGUGAUAAAGCUGAAGAAAGUACAGAAUGUAAACCUUAUGUAUCUUUAGAUACACAGGAAUGGCUUACAAAAUUAAACGAUAUAGACAUAACUUGGGUUGAAUAAAUAUAACACAGCUUAUAUUUCUGGCAUCAUGGAAGAGCCAAGAGUCUUAAGUCCCAGCCUAACCAAAACAAAAGUUGAAAAAGCAUAGACAAAGUUGAUCCUUAAUUUGCAGGACCAAUAGAAAACUCAUCAUAUAUUAAAAUUGACAGAUUAUUUGAUUCA